AUGUCUGAUAGUGUGGAUCGAGUAUUUGUUAAAGCAAUAUCCACGAUUAGAGCGUUAUCGUCUCGUUCAAAUUAUGGAUCAUUACCCCGACCACCUGCAGAGAACAGAAUCAAAUUAUAUGGUCUAUACAAACAAGCCACAGAAGGUGAUGUUGACGGAAUUAUGCCACGACCGGUUGGGUUUACUCCUGAAGACGAAGGAGCCAAGAAGAAAUGGGAUGCUUGGAAACGGGAAGAAGGAAUCAGUAAAACUGAAGCCAAGAAGAGAUAUAUUUCUUAUCUUAUAGAAACCAUGAGAGUUUAUGCUAGUGGAACUCUAGAAGCAAGAGAAUUAUUGAGUGAGUUGGAGUAUUUAUGGGAUCAGAUCAAAGAUUUACCAAGUAGUGAUGAAGAAGUUGAACACCAGAUUCCUUUACCUUCUAGAUCGCCUACUUUCAGUCAAACUGAUAGACUUUCCAAUAGAACCCCAAGCUUAACUGGAGCGCGUGGUCGGGAUUUAAACAACAUCUACUCGCAUUCUAGAAGAAACACCACAUUGUCGCUUAACGAAUAUAUGCAACAACAAAAGUUACAACAACAACAACAACAACAGCGUCGGAAUUUUCAUCAUGAGACAGGCUCUCAGCCAGGUGGAUAUCCGGCAACCAUUGGCAGCGGUGCUGUCGGCGGGACAGGUGUUGGUGCUACGUCUGUUUAUUCUUUACCGGGUCGAUUAGGAUCAACUUCCAAUAAUGUCAUUGAAGAUUUCAAGAACUGGCAAAGUGAAGUCAACAUGGUAAUAAAUAAGUUAACUAGAGAAUUCGUUAGUAGCAGAAGAGAAGCUUUGUCAAGACAAGAUAACGCAAAUAGAGAUAAUGAUGAAGAAGAGCAAGAAGGGUUGGAUGACUUUGAAAUCAGAAAACGCAAGAUUAUAAGUAUAUUAAAAGUCGUUGGAUGGAAUGCGUUAAGAAUCGUAAAGAACUUUGCUGUUACAUCAAUUACUAUUUUGUUUAUUGUUUGGUGUAUCAAAAAGAAUGUUGUUGUUGAAAGGACCCUAGUUAAACAACCAUCUGGAACUGCUGGCAAAAGAAAGAAGGAAUUGAUCAUCAAUAUGGUUUUAAACACAGAUGAAAACAAAUGGUUCAUUAGAUUGUUGAGCUUCAUUAAUAGGUUUGUGGGGUUUGUCUAA